ACAGGUUCACAGGGUGGGUUGGUUUACAGUGCACAAAGGCAUGGCUGUUGAUUGGUUGCCAGUCAGUCUAUUCACAUGUAAAUCAGACCUCAUAAAUGUCCCCCUUCAAUCGCCCACUUUGCACAGUAUAUGUAGUGCUUGUUAGCACAGACUUUUGUCUCGAAUUGAACCGCCGACCAUCUGCCCCCCAUUCAGGCGUCCUCUCAGCGGUCUCAACUGCAGCAAUAUGGCCCCUGCGUCCCGCAGCAACAGACACGAGGAGGACUAUUACGGAAUAAAAGACAGAAAGACGAGGAAACCUCUGGUGGAGAAAAAGAGACGCGCCCGCAUAAAUGAAAGUUUACAGGAGCUGAGGCUACUGCUAGCCGACCCGGAUGCGCAGGUAAAAAUGGAGAAUGCCGAGGUGUUGGAAAUGACCGUGAAGCGCGUGGAAAGUAUUCUACAAAACAAAGCGAAGGAGGCUGACAGCGUGAACCGCGAAGCUAACGAGCGUUUCGCCGCGGGAUACAUCCAGUGCAUGCAUGAGGUGCACACCUUCGUGUCCAGCUGUCCGGGAAUCGACGCGACCAUCGCCGCCGACCUGCUCAACCACCUCCUGGAGUGCAUGCCUCUGAACGACGAGGAUCGCUUUCAGGACAUCCUGUCAGAUCUCAUGACGGACUCUAGCAACGGUGGCACUUGGCCUGGCGAGCCGGCGUACGCUACGCUGUCCCCCGCUGUCAGCAGUGCCUCUUCUGCCUUGUCCCCGGCCCCUUCAACCACCUCCAGCGAUGACCUUUGCUCUGACCUGGAUGACACGGACACGGAGCACAGCCGCGUCUCGGUGGACGCAAGGGACCAAGCGCCAAGCUUGUACCUCUCCAAGUCCGUUUGGAGACCCUGGUAGUGUCGAUUCAUGAACAUUUGAGUGCAUUUUUUAUUAGUUUAGAGCUAUUAAAACCUGCAUUAGUCCAGGAUUGAGCACAUUUGUGAUAGACCAUUCAUGGACAGUUCUACAGUUGGAAUAGGGCAUCUGCAAUGUUGCUUUUUUGUCAUUUGUCAUCGACCUGUGGAUACCCCUCAGUAAGCUCUUCUUGGUGCAACAAUGUGCAUUUCAAUCCAGUUUUUCAUUUUUAUUUAAUUGUUUUCUUUUGUAUAAGCUAAGUUAAAACAACACUGUAAGGAUAAAUAAUAUUUCUAGGGAGUGUCUUCCCGUUUCUAAUUAUUGUACACUCUUAAAAAUAAAGGUUCCAUGAAGAACCUUUAACAUCCAUGAAAUCUCUCCAUUGCACAAGGUGUUCUUUAUAGUUUCACACACACACACACACACACACACACACACACACACACACACACACACACACACACACACACAAUGGUUCUUUUAAGAACUGAAAGGUUCUUUGCGGAACCCAAAAUGGUUCUCCUAUAUGGCAUCACUGUGAAAACUCUAUUUCGGAACCAUUAUUUUUAAGAGUGUAGGGUAGGAUGUAAAUAUUUCAAUGUCGUGGCUGUAGAUAUAGAUCUCUUGACAUUUAAAAGUGUAUGUAAUCGUUGUGAUAAAGGAAUUUAAAAUAAAUAAAAGUCAUAUGUAAUGACAUUUAAUGUGUUUUAUAUGUGAUCGUGACUUCACCCUUCAUUAAAAUAUCAUUUUGAUUUUCCUA